AACCGUUGAAACCGCUCCCUCACAGUCACACUCACUAUAGUCUCUCUCUCUGAGCUCAUCUCAGUUGUUGCUUUCCCAGUCUGAGAUUUCUUCUAAAUGACUCCAUCUCUUUAUCUCUCCUCCCAAAUCACCUGAUUUCCCCUGUAAUUCCAAUGGCAGAAGAAUUUACCCUUUAGAAACCAACAUCAAAAUACACCCUCUUUUUUCUCUCUCUAGAAUUUCCUCAGCUUUUCUCUACCAUCAACAAUGGCGACGGAAAAUGCAGGAAAAGAUAGCAACCCAGAAAAAGCCAUUACUCAAACACUAGCCUCAACCUCAAUUAUGGGUGUAAAACUCUACAUUUUGAUUUUAAUUUUCGUGGGUAUUCUGAUUUGUUCUUGUUUUCUCCUUCUCCUCUGUUUAAUCAGACGGAAAAACAAACUGGGUGGUCGAAAUCGGGUGUUUUUGCGGCAUAAUUCGGGUAUAAUUCCGUUAGUUUCGACGGAAAUUAGGUUAAUAGAUGAUAAAAAUGGAGUGAAAAGGAAUUUGGGGGAGAUUCUAAAGGGGGAUAAAACAGAGGAAAUUGGGAUUUUGGUUAAAGGAGGAGGAAAUGGGAGGAGUAAAUCGGCGGAAAGUAGCGACGGAAGUUCAUCAAGUAAAGCGUCGGUGAUCUCGUCGGAUAUUCCUAAUAUUGGGUGGGGGCGUUGGUACAGCUUGAGGGAGCUUGAGCUUGCGACACGUGGAUUUUCCGAUGAGUAUAUAAUCGGUGAAGGUGGUUAUGGGAUUGUUUACAAGGGUAUUCUUGAAGAUGGGUCUAUUGUUGCUGUCAAGAAUCUUCUAAACAACAAGGGGCAAGCGGAGAAGGAGUUCAAGGUAGAAGUCGAAGCCAUAGGAAAAGUAAGGCAUAAGAAUUUGGUUGGUCUUGUUGGCUACUGUGCAGAUGGGUCUCAAAGGAUUCUUGUGUAUGAAUAUGUCGAAAGUGGCACUCUAGAACAAUGGUUGCAUGGAGAUGUCGGAGAUGUAAGCCCUUUAACCUGGGAUAUCCGAAUGAAGAUUGCCAUUGGAACUGCCAAAGGACUGGCUUAUUUGCACGAGGGACUAGAACCGAAGGUUGUUCAUCGUGAUGUAAAGUCUAGUAACAUCCUUGUUGACAAAAACUGGAAUGCAAAAGUAUCCGAUUUUGGGCUAGCCAAGCUUUUGGGAUCCGAAGCAAGCUAUGUGACUACUAGAGUAAUGGGAACAUUUGGGUAUGUCUCCCCAGAGUACGCCAGCACAGGUAUGCUCAGUGAGUGGAGUGAUGUAUACAGUUACGGAGUUCUUCUUAUGGAAUUGAUUACAGGAAGGUGUCCAGUUGAUUAUUCUAAACCACCUGGAGAGAUGAACUUGGUUGAUUGGUUCAAGGGAAUGGUAGCAAAUCGACGUGCAGAAGAAGUGGUGGAUCCAUUAAUUGCUGAUCAACCGCCACCUAGGGCACUAAAACGGGUCUUGUUGAUCUGUCUGCGGUGUAUAGAUCUUGAUGCCAGUAAACGGCCAAAGAUGGGCCAGAUUGUGCAUAUGCUCGAGGCAGAUGAGUUUCCCUUUCGUUCUGAUCAUCGACCUGCACGUCAAGAAGUUCCUCUAACAUCUGCUACCCAGAAACUUCAGUUAUCUGAUAAAGGAUUCUCCAGGUGAUUAUCAUCGGAUUUAUUUAGAGUUCAUUACACGAGAAAGUGAGGGGGGAAACUUGUAUAUUAAGCUAGCUUAUACAAACAAGAUUACAAGCAAGCCUUGGAUGGAUGGUAUGGUUUGUUGGUUUAUUCUUUUUUCUUUUUUUUUUUUUUUUUUUUUCUCAUAUCAUCUUUUUUAAAUGAGCCUUGGGUGUAUAUAGAACGAGUAGUAUUUAUCGGUUUUCUAGGAGUAAGAUUUUCCUAAUUUGUGGAAAAAGUUGGAUAUUCAAACAUUAUUUAUGAUCAGCAUAAUUUUGCAA